CUCCAAAGGAGGGAAACCAAUAACGGCUUAUCCUGUUUUGGAAACUUGAAGCUCUCUUUUUUGCUGUUUCUGUGAUGCCAAUGGCAGUUUCUCAUCUGAGCCACUCUCAUCAAAAUCAACUGAAAACUGAAGACUCACAAUUCUUUUUCAAGGAAAUUGGAAAUGAAGGUCUCACAAAGCGGAUUCUCAGAAAAGGAGUCUCUUGGCAAACUCCAUUCUCUGGAGAUGAAGUGGAAGUUCAUUUCAGAGGACAUGUUGAGAAUGGAGCAUCUCUUGAAUCCAGUUAUGAUAAAGGGUUCACGUUUCGUUUCAAAUUAGGCCAGUGUGAAGUUAUCAAAGGAUGGGAUGAAGGAGUUGCCACCAUGAAGAAAGGGGAGAGAGCAAUCUUCAAAAUACCACCUAACUUGGCAUAUGGGGAACAAGGUUCUCCUCCAUUGGUUCCUCCCAAUGCAACUCUCAUUUAUGAAAUUGAAAUGCUGUCUUGGAGCACCAUAAGGGAUUUGACUGGCGAUGGAGGAAUCAUGAAAAAGCUAAUAAGAGAGGGAGAAGGAUGGGCCACUCCCAGAGAAGAUGACGAGGUGCUAGUGAAAUAUGAAGCACGGCUGGAGAAUGGGAUGCUUGUCUCAAAGUCUGAGGAGGGAGUGGAGUUUAAUGUAAGUUAUGUUUUUGGAACAGGCUAUCUAUGUCCUGCUAUGAGUAUAGCAGUAAAGACAAUGAGAAAGGGCGAAGUGGCAGAACUAGCAGUGAGAUUAUUUUACGGGCAGAGUAAAAAUUCAAAUAUGACCACUCAGCUAGAUGGUGUUUCUCCACCAGAUUCUAAUUUAACUAGCAUCAAGCUUGAACUGGUAUCAUGGAAAGUUGUUACAGAUGUCACAGGAGACAAGAAGAUACUGAAAAAGAUUAAGAAAGUGGGUGAGGGGUUUGAUCGUCCUAACGAGGGAUCACAAGUGAAAGUGAUAUAUUUGUGCAAAGGGGAAGAUGAUAUAAUUAUUGAGAGGAAAGGAUCAGAGGAAGAACCUUUUGAGUUUACAACUCAAGAAGAACAAGUACCCGAGGGUCUAGAAAGAGCAAUAAUGACAAUGAAAAAAGCAGAACAAGCUCUUGUAAUCGUCCAUGCAGAAUAUUUGUGCGGCUCUAAUAAUUCACAGGGAAACACAGCAAAUAAUAAAGUCCUUUAUUAUGAAGUUGAGUUGGUUGAUUUUGUCAAGGAAAAACCAUUUUGGAAAAUGAACACAGAAGAGAAAAUAGAAGCCUGUGAGAGAAAGAAGCAUGAAGGAAAUCUGCUGUUCAAAGCUGAAAAUUUCAUGCACGCAUCUAAGAAAUAUGAAAAGGCUGUAAAGUACAUUGAGUUUGAUCACUCAUUCGGUGAAGAUGAGAAGCAUCGUUCUAAUAACUUACGUUUAUCCUGCAACUUGAACAAUGCUGCCUGCAAACUUAAAUUGGGAGAGUAUAUUGAAGCUUCAAGACUAUGCACAAAGGUCCUACAAGAAGACCCUUCAAAUAUCAAGGCUCUUUAUAGAAGAUGCCAAGCAUACAUGAAAACAUCAGACUUGGAGAAAGCUGAGGCUGACAUUAAAAGAGCUUUGACCAUUGAUCCAAAUAACAGAGACAUUAAACUUGAGUACAAAGAGCUCAAAGUUAAGCAAAAGGAAUACAAUGCAUAUGAAGCUGGCAUCUUCAGCACAAUGGUUUCAAGAAUGAGCUAGUUUAGAAUUUUUAAAAUAAACAGUAUUUAUGUCUUAAAAUGAUACUAGAGACUUCAAAUAGUUAUUUGAAAUUUCAGAAGAGUAAAAUUCAAAGAAAAAUAUUAUAUAAGAACUAAAGUUAAUAUUCA